UGAUGCCGAGCACUUGUCAUUAAACCGGAAGUUUAUAUUUCAAAGGACAACAAAAAAAAGAAAACAGUUGCACAUGGGGAAAACAAUUUAACAUACGUACCAAAUGGAAAGAUCAGAUAAAAUCAAAUUAGAAAAGUUGCUCGGAGAGGGUUCUUUCGGAAUUGUAUAUCAAAUAACAGAUAUUGAAACAAACAAAAAAUUUGCCCUCAAAAGAAUAGACUUCUGUGAUCAAGAAUCAGAAAGGGAACAGGCUAAAAGAGAAGCAGAUUUGUUGUCCAACCUUCGCCAUGAUAAUAUCUUGCAGUAUGUUGAAUCAUUUGAAGAGGAUGAUAGCUUGUUUAUCGUGACAGAAUACUGUGAACGUGGGGAUCUAGACACUUACUUGGAAUACAAGUCACGAAUACAGGAACCGUUACCAGAAAAUAAGAUAGCAAUAUGGAUAUAUCAGAUAGCAAGUGGUUUACAUUAUUUACAUGAAAGAAAGAUAUUACACAGAGAUCUGAAGACAAAGAACAUUUUUAUAAUGACUGACUGGAAUGUUAGAAUUGGUGAUUUAGGUAUAGCAAAAGUUCUGGACCUUGGUCAGAGUAAAGCCAACAGUUUUGUGGGAACACCUGCCUAUAUGUGUCCUGAGUUGUUUGAACAAAAAGCUUAUAACAAUCGUUCUGACAUUUGGAGCUUAGGGUGCUGUGUAUUUGAAAUGAUGGCACUGAAGAAAGCAUUUGAAGGAAAAGCUAUAUUUAAAAUCAUCCAUAAUGUGAUAUCAGGGAAGCCUCCUAAACUGCCUCAAGGAUAUAGCUCUACUCUUGAAGAUCUUACAUACGCCAUGUUACAAAAGGAUGACUUCUUAAGACCAACAGCUUUCUACAUCAUGAAUCACCAGUAUGUUCAAAAGAAUUUACUAAAGACAAAUGCAUUUGACAAUUUUGAUGAAGAUUAUGACCAAGAACUUGCCGUUAGAUCAAAGAAAAAGAAAAUCAGAUCACUGGGUAGUUCUGGUGACAGCGGCAGUGGAAGUGGCUCAUCAUUGACUUCAUGGAAAAACAUCACUAAUCGUAUUCAUGAAAUGGAGGAUGAUUUGAGGAAGUUGAAUGAAAAAAAAGUUCAUGAAUUAGUAAACUCACUAGAAUUAAAUAAAUACCGUCAUUUAAAGAAAAAGACAAAAAAUCAGAAAAAUGCUAGUGAUGCUCUGGUGGAAAAGAACGAAGAGGGGGAUGAAGAAGACUCAGGGACAUUUGUUUAUAAAGGAACACUCAAGAGUGAAAGUGAUUCUGAUGAAGAGGAUCAAGGUACUUUUGUUUACCAUGGGACUAUAAAGCAUUUAAGUGAUUCAGAAGAUGAGGGGACAAUAAUGCAUCCCGUAAACAAACAACCCAACAGAAAUGGUGUUAAUCCUAGUUCAGAGAAACUUAAACAUUCUAAUACAGGCAAAAAUCUAAAAGAGGACUUAGUCGCAGCUACGCUUCUUAAUAGAAGGGAAAGUCCGACUGAAGAACAUAGGGGUUUAAGUGGGGAAGAUCUUAAAAAUUUAUUAAAGAAAAAUCCAAAAGACGCAGCUAAACAAAUUGUUCAGGGAUUGAAGAAGACUAUGUCAUUGGACGAUGAGAAAUCAGAAGGAAUUCUGCAGGACAUUCAGAAGGGGGAGGAGAAGCAAUUGAAAAAGAAGAAAGCAGGAUAUUUAAAGAAGGAAGCAAGGAACAGAAAAAACAGUGAUCCUGGUACCAGUCUGUCACCAGAUGCGUCCUAUGCCUCUGCCCAGGCUGUCAGACUUUACCCAAGAGGAGAGUAUGUAUCCUACAGCCCAAAAGGCAAAGACAGUGAUCAGGAUUUUAGUUAUCUAAAUGAUGAUAGAAGUCAUGUGCCAUUUGAAAGAAAAGUAACAACUGAAUCACUGAGAGGAAUUACAGCAAUGCUAGGAGAUCCCAACAACAAGACCAUAGUUAUGGACCAGAUAGCACAGUUACAAAGAGACAUUGCUAAAGACAUUGGAGAGCAACAGUUGUCAAAGUGUUAUGAUGUAAUGGGUCAGAUUGAAGAUGAUAAAAUUGUUCAGGCUGCACUUAGAGAAGUUUUAGGACCAAAGAAGUAUGAGGAAUAUAAAGAGCAACUGUUUUAUCUUAGAAUGUUUGAAAUGAGUUCAGCGGCAAAGUCCUGAUGAAACAUCAGAAGUAGGAACGCUGGAUAGGACUAUGAAAUGACAGUCAAUUAACUUACACGUCACAAAAACUCUGUGAUAAAUGUCUUGUUUUUUGUCCAUUUUGUUUGUUAAUGCCCCUAUUGGCAAGUGUUGAAAGUCAUUUGAAUAUCGAAUAAAGGUUGUGAAAUUUUAGAAUUUUAUAUAUUAAUCAAUUUACAUUCCAAAUUUUUUAUAACUUAUUAAUAUAUGAAUAGGGCUGAAUGAAUAAUACUUGUACUUAGGCACAUCCAUUUAUCAUCUGGGGGAAUAUAGGUAUUUGGGUGUAUCUUAAUAAAUAUGGUGAUUACAAUUUUCUUGAGUGGAUAAUUGUCAUUAUUUCAGAACAGACUUUAAGAAAUACAUUGUUUCUUUUGAAAAUUGUUUAAAAAAAUGUUUAAAUAACUGUGAUAUUUAAGUGUUUAAAGUCAUUUGAAUAUCAAAAUUAAGGUUGUGAAAUUUUAGAAUUUUAUAUAUUAAUCAAUUUACAUUCCAAAUUGUUUAUAACUUAUUGAUUCAUGAAUAUGGCUGAAUAAAUAAUACUUGUAGUAAGGCACAUCCAUUCACCUUCUGGGUGAUAUGGGUAUUUUUAUCAGAUAUAUACUUUUAAUAAAUUUGGUGAUUAUACAUUUCUGGGUGACAGAAAGGUAUUAUUUCGGAACAGAAUUUGAAAAAAAAACAUUGUUUCUAUUAAAAAUUGGUAAGAAAAAAAGGAAAAAUGAUAUAACCAACAGUGAUAUUAAAAAAAAGUUAAUUAAAGAGAUUGUUUGUCUUGUGAAAAAAAAUUGUUCCUCUCCCAAUAGAUGGAUGGUCAGUACUUAAGUUACUAUACAUGUUGCCAGUAUUGACAGUUGUGUAUAUUAAAUUUUUAUGGUUGUAUUAUCUAAUUUCAAUUAUGGGAAGCUUGCUUAUUUACAGUAAAUGCAUUUUAUUUUCAUGGUGUCAGAUUUUUUGCAGUUUAUUUUUCUCAACAAGAUUCCUGGUAUUUAUUCUCCUCUUUUACAGUAUUAUGAUGCAUAUUCUAUCAAUACAACCUUUUUAGAAAAUCAUCAAUUGCAAAAAUAAGUAUUGCACCAAACAUGCAUUUUGAAUAAAAUAUUUUUCAUUUAUAAGCUCUUCUACAAAGGACCACUAGAAAAUGCAUGUAUAUACAAAUUAUUUCAAACUGUAUAUCACUAAUAAAAGUAAUCCAUUACUUUAUUUAAGAGAUUCAUGUGAAAUUCUUUAAAAAUACAUGUAAUUAUUUUUCUAAAAUUCAUGAAAAUAGCAGUAAAAAUUUAAAGUCAUGUACACAUUUAUAUUACAUUAUGUCAGUUGUGAGUAUAGUACAUACAUUGUUGAAAAUGCUUUGUAAGGUUGGGGUAAUUUACUGUUAACAAAUUUACUUUAGAGUUUUGUCAGUUUAGAAUCAUAGGGCAUAGGUUAUGUUUUGUAAGUAUGGAUAGUGUUGAGCCAUUUUUGUGCUCAUGUUACAUAUUUCUAUCAUAUUUAUUUUUCUAUGUCAUAUUAUAUGUAUAAUACAGAGAGGUGCAUUGGAAUCAUUUAAUAUAUAUAUAUAUAUUUUACUUUAAUUGUGUAUUUAAGCUGUAUAUUAUCAUAACAUUUCGAUUUAUGUAUUUUGACUUAGCAAAGGUGCUCAAAUUGAGAAAUUUUACCUCUAGAUUUACUCAUAAUUAUCAACAUUUUACAAAAGUGACAUCACACACCAAGUAAAGUGAGACUUGAAAAUGUUUGAAUGUCUUUUUUUAGAAGGCAAACUAAUGUGAUAAUUUUAACUAUUAUUUAUAUUGCAAUAUUGCCUUAUUGAUAUACAACUUUAUGUCAAGUGGCAAAUAUCACAUGCAAAUAUAGAAUAAAUGAUAAUGAUUGUCUUCCAAACUAAAUUAUACAUUUUCAACUUAAAAAACAUGGAAAGCCUUAAUUGAUUUUAGUACAUUUAUACAGGGAAUUAUGGAAUUUCAGCAAUGUUUAUAUAAUUUUGAUCAUACUAAAAUGUUGAUAACUAUGUUUGACCUUUUUAAUAGUUAUAUAUUACGAGUAAAAGAUUUUAUUAUUUCACUUGUUACUUAUCAUCACCUAUUAUUUUGUGUUGUUGUCUCCCCUGCAACAAAAAGAAAGAGAGACAAAGGGAUGCAAUAGAUGCAAUCUUUUAUUCUUAAAAGGGAGACGACCUUGAUGCUUAAUGUCUUGUAUAUAUACCUUAUACUGUGGAUUCAUUAAUAUUCGUUGGAUACCAAUUUUCGUGGAUUUCGUGGGUACAGGAGAACCAAGAAUUCAAAUGUUCAACGAAUUACAAAUUUUCUAAAG